GAGCGAUUUACAUUAUUUUAAAAUAACACAUGAAAUAGCUAACUCAUUAUUGAUCGAUAUGCGUAUUUGAUAAGAAAAUGUCCGUAAUUCGAAUGUUCGUUAAACAUUGCUUAAUCUAUUAAAUGAUUUACGAUUUGAUAAGCAUAUUUACUUACAUUAAUUUUUUUAUUUUGUAAAAAAUUUAGUAUUUGGUUGUGCAAUGGAUUUUAGAGGCAGCGCUUUCUGGCUGAUAGUAUAUAUUUUGUUUUUGUCGUUUUGUGACAAAUCUUCCGAAACUUCAGAUGUUGUAUGUCCACGCAACACCUAUCUUGCUGAUAAAACGUGUUAUAUGUACAAUACAAACAAUGAUUUUAACUGGCAGCAAGCCGAUGACAUAUGCUAUGGACGCGGUAUGAAGCUGAUGAAGGUCCGAAGUUGGAAUCAGUUCCUGAUUUUCCAGACAUGGACAGACAAAACAGGGUACAGAUUUUGGAUUGGCGCAAAGUUACAUAGCGGGUCAUUUCACUGGUUGGAUGGUAGCAGUUAUUUUCAACCGUAUUGGGUACCAGGGGAGCCAAACAAUUUAAGAAAUGAACAUUGUGUCAUGUUCUGGAAAACCGAUCAUGGAACUGGUUUAAAUAAUGAAGAUUGUGGUAGCAAAUUAGGAUUUAUUUGUGAGGCAGAAGGUAAAGUUUCGUUUUCGUGACAUACAAAUUACGUACUUUAUUAAAAUAUACUUUAUUUUUAU